AUGACGGGUGAAUCACCCAUCCCGAUAGGAGAUGUCCUUCGACCGAAAAUAACCCGUGAAGUGGGCUGCUGGAACGUGCGGACCCUCUACCAAACAGGAAUGUAUUACAAGAUCGAGCUCCUAGGAGUUAGUGAAGCCAGAUGGACAGGUAGUGGAUCAAAACAACUAGUAUCAGGACAUCAGAUACUCUACUCUGGAAGAACCGACGACCAUCAUAGCAAAGGAGUAGCCAUUAUUACAACAAAGGAGGUCCACAGAAGUCUUUUAGAAUGGAAACCUGUGAGUGAGCGAAUAAUAACAGUAAGAUACAACUCAGCCUUCGCCAAAUUGACUGCUGUGGUUUGCUAUGCGCCAACAGAUGAUGCAGAAGAUGAAGAGAAAAUAUCUUUCUAUGACAGCCUACAAAAGGUAGUAGACGACACACCAUCUCAUGAUGUUCUGCUUAUCCUUGGAGACUUAAAUGCUAAAGUUGGAAAAUGCAACCAAGGUAAAGAAACCAUCAUGGGCCAGCAAGGAAUAGGAGAAUGUAACAACAACGGAGAGAGACUAUGCACUUUCUGCCAAGAAAACGACCUAGGUGGAACUAUAUUCAUGCACAAAGACAUCCAUAAGACAACAUGGAACUCACCAGAUGGUCAUACAAAGAACCAAAUUGACCAUAUUAUCAUCAACAAGAGAUGGAGAAGUAGUCUUCUCGAUGUGGUUGCAAAACAAGGGGCUGAUGUGGGAAGUGACCACUCUUUAGUACUGGCAAAAAUCAAGUCAAAACUGAGGAAAUCAAGGAAAAAAGAUCAAAGACCACCUUGA